AUGCUUGAUCACAUUGACGAUAUACAGUAUCAACAGAUAUCAUUAUCAUCUGGAGGUGCUGGAUCACCGAGAGUGGCAAGUGGAGACAGUGGAAUAGCAUCUGAUCAAGCAUCUUCAAGGUGGAGCUUAGUUUCAGACAUGUCAUUUCAACAAUCAGCAAAUCGCCUUUCAGUAUUUGAUGAGGAAAUGACUGAGGCUAAAACUCACAGGGAAGUGAGCUUCGAUCUCAUGACGCCAAGUUCGUCAACAGACGUCUUAGACGAACACAAAUGCGUAGAUGUGGAAUCAUUUCCGGCAGAAACAAACGAAAAGUCACAUCCAGUUGACACAAACAACAAAUCAAUCCCGGCAGACGCUAACGGCAAUUCAAUUAAGGUCUUAAAGCAAAACAUGAGCAAGGUGUACGUUCAUUUAAUACCAACUGACCCAACUAUUGACCUCUCAGCUGUGCUGGCAGAAUUGUUGAACUUGUCAUUGUCCUUGGCCCCUGAAAAUGUGAAGCUAGAGUUUGUUACGUCAGAUGCAUUCACUGGUUUCUCGUCUCGCAAUAUAUCUACAUCUUCCGAUAGUCAAAAUUCCGGGCGGAAUCGUUUCAAGUCAUCUAAUGAAUCGUUAAGUGUACUAGCAUUCAACAACUUGUCAAGGUUUGCUGUUGAAAACUCCGACAUUUCUGACGAAGACAACCGAUCUAUCAGACUAAUCUCCAGCUCUGAUAGUGAAACAAGCGUCAAACGGUAUCACUUAAAGCCAAUUAUUGAGAAAAGGUCCGUGGAAACACAAACCGAAUGAAAAGGGUACACGGUGAUGAUUUGGCAAAAGAAAGAGAUUCGUGUUUACCUUGAAAAGAGCCUCACUGAAUAAAUAGUGAAUAACUUUAAGAAGAUACAGAAAAAUCCCAUCCAUAUGGUGAUUUACACAGGAAGCGCUGAGUGCGGUUUGGUAAUGGCGAAGAGUUACUUGUUGAGAUAGGCAAAUUUAUAUGCACUCUUUUAUAAUCAAUUCUUUGGUGUGUGUGUAGUAGUAGUAGUUUUAUUUGGCACAAGUGUACAUAACAUGCCAAAUUUAAAACAAAUGACAAAUUGGUGCAUAAUGAUACAUAUAACAAUGGUGAAAUUGAUCAGACUAGAAAUAUGGCAUGACAUAGAUAAAUUAUAUGAAAUAAAUGCCACGUAAUGCUCACCAAUACCAGGGAUAACACAAAACAAGAGGAAAGGAUUCCCCUUAUUUCCAUUGUGUGUGUGUGUGUGUGUGUGUGCGUGUGCGUGUGCGUGUG